CAUUAUGCUAGAGUUUCAUAUCUGAAGUGAGUAUUAUAGUGGAGGAAAGUGUCAAGUGACGUGUUUGUAGAUUAUUAACAAAGGAAGUAAUGAUAAAAUGACUCCCUGUAUGUAUUUAGUAUGGAUUCUUUUUAAAUACGUACAAUUCAUUGAGUGAAAUAUUGUGAUAAUGGAAGCAGAUUACCAAACAAAGUUGAGUCCGUCACGAACUUUGACAGCCACCCAUAAUGAUCAUGAGGAUCCGUAUCCCAGUUUGUCCGACUACCAUGACUAUGAACCUAAUUUGGAAUUUGAUGAUACAGAACUUCAACAUGCAACGGUCACCAGUGACAUGGAAGAGAAAACUGAAGCCAGUGGUUUGGAUUACCUUGAAUCUCCUGUAUCAGAUGGUACCAUUGAAGAGAACUUUGAAGAGGAGUUGGUUAAUGCUCCAGUAAUUGCAACAGGAGUAGAUAGUCUGUCUUAUCCUUUUGUUGAUGAUGAAAUGGAGGAAGAUUUCUCAGAAGUUGCCAAAUAUGGAAUUGUGGAAGUUGUAGGAGAUGACACAUAUGGCCGAAAAGUGAUUGUUGUUUCAGCUUGUAAGCUGCCUGGGAACAAAGUAUUGGAUCAUGCACUUUUAUUAAGGUACCUGAUGUAUACAUUGGAUAAGUUUGUUGAGGAAGACUACAGCCUUGUAUACUUUCAUUAUGGCCUCACAAGCAAGAACAAGCCCCCACUCUCCUGGUUGUGGCAAGCAUACCGAGCGUUUGACCGCAAGUACAAGAAGAAUCUUAAAGCAUUGUAUCUAGUCCAUCCAACCAAUUUUAUAAGAGUGGUAUGGCAAAUCUUCAGAGCAGCAAUCAGUGCAAAAUUUGGUCGAAAGGUUAUGUACGUAAAUUAUCUUCAUGAAUUGAAGCAGCAUCUUCAUUUAGAUCAGAUCAGCAUACCACAGCCUGUUCUGGAGCAUGAUGAGCGUCUCUUACAGAAAACCAGCCGAGUGGUACAAUUACCAUCAGUACCUCAACAAAACGCCAAGUUUCAUACCCCUAUACAGACACAACAGUUUGGUGUCUCACUUCAGUUUAUCAAAGAUAACAAUAAUGGAGAAGUGAUUCCACCAGUAGUAAGACAGUGUGUGGAGUUUCUCAGUCAACCAGAUGCUCUGGAAACAGAGGGAUUAUUCCGAAGAUCAGCAAGUGUCCAGCUUGUGAAAGAGCUGCAAUCUAAAUACAACCAGGGUCAGCCAGUGGAUUUCCAUGGUGAUGUUCAUCUUGCAGCUGUUCUUCUAAAGACAUUCUUGCGAGAGCUAGAGGAACCACUUAUGACCUUUGAUCUCUAUGAUGAAAUAACACAGUUCCAGAGUAUGUCAAAAGAAGAGCGACCACGUCAAGUUAAGAUAUUAAUCUUAGAAAAGCUUCCUGAAGAUAACUACCAGAUUUUGAAAUAUAUUGUACAAUUUCUUUCUAAGGUAAUGGACCGAAGUGACUUGAACAAAAUGACUUCAUCCAAUCUUGCUGUUGUGUUUGGACCUAAUCUGGUAUGGGCACAAGCUGGUCAACUUUCAUUAUCUGCCAUUGGUCCUAUUAACAUGUUCACUGACUUUGUUUUAACACAUCAGGACCAGAUCUUUAUUAUUUAACUUGUUGAUCAAGGUAUGUCUGAGUCUCUUCCUCUCUUUCUGUGCAGAUAUGGUAAAAAGAGUUGACUAACUGAAGAUCUAAUAUAUAUACUUUAUGUUAGUACUGUAAUAGCAAAGAGACUGCAGUCAACUGAAUUAGUAAUGAAAGUUUGAAGAGGGUAAGGUGAGCACUAUGUCAAGAAUAAAUAUUAAGUGAUUGAUGGCAGGGACUAAUAUUUCUUGCAACUUACACAACAAAAAUGUGAUCUGAAGGUUGAGAUUCAUAGUUGAAAAAUAAGACGUGAAUAUUUUAGCAAGAAAUUUUGUAUAAUGGAUUAUUAUAUUGAAGAGUCUAGUUGUAUAGCAGAUUAUGAAUACCAAAGAAUUGCCAGAGGCAAAGUCUAUGAACUCCAACUUGCAAGUUGAUGUAGCAUUUGUAAUUAAUUAUUGUGCAGAACAUCAUAACUCAGAGCAUUUAAUACUUUGUAUAUAACUGAAAAUUCUGCAGCCACUUCCAAAGAUGAUAUUUUCUUUCAGUAGUAAAAUGGCAUAUCUUGAAGUGUUGGUGUGUUAUUGUGACUAUGCCAUUGAGCUUACACAAUGAAAUUCGAGAUUAAGUGUGCUAAUGAAAUUUUCAGAUAUAUUAGAAACUUGAGUAUCUGUUCCAGAGAUCAGUUAUCAGAAAUAUGAAAAAAUAUGAAAAAUUUGUAAUGGUACAGGUAAUAAUGUUUCCGUUAAGCCUACAAAUAAGCUGUGUUCUCUCAUGUACGUCUUUCAUUUGCUGUCAUUUUUCUGGAAUUUCAUAUAGAUUUUACUAUUCAGCAUCAGUGUAUUGUCUGAAGGAAGUGUAAUGUUUAAAUCUGUUGGAGUUUGUUGUUGGCCUCUUUAUAUGUAAUAUCAGGAUGUCUGAAAUAGUAUUUUUUUAUUUUUUUUCUCAGAAAGUACCAUUGCCUGUAUCUUUUUGUAUGUAUGUGACUUUAAAUCUGUUACAGAAAUGAAAGCCCAGUGCUCGAAAUUAUGGUCACACAGUUCAGCAUUUGUAGCUUGUUCUUAGACUUAUGCCACAUAUAACUUAUUUGUAAUAUGAACAACUUCAGUAAUGUGAUGUGCCCAUACUUCAUUUCUAUAAUUUGGAACCUUGCUGCUUGCAAUAUAUAUCAGUAAAUAUGGACAUAUCUUGUUUCCUCUCAUUUUCAAAGACCCUUUGAAUUGAAGGUCUCGUAAAUCGCUAUGGAUUAGAUUAUAUUGGAGCCCAAGAUGGGCUACGUAAGCUUCUGGGUAGAAUUAUGAGUUAGCUUACAUUCACAUCUCUGACAAUUACAAUUUUAUCUUAUUUAUUUUAAACCCCAGUAUCUCAAGACGUUAUCUCCAGAUUCUACUCCCCCUCCUGAGGUGUGUUUCAGUAUAAUUUGAUGAAAAGCUACAUUUGACUGGCCAAUCAGUAAAUGGCAUGUGUGCUGGAGGACAGCAGUAUACUUGAACAGUUUACAUUUUGUGUGCUGCUGUCCAUGUAAUGUGAAAGAAUUGUGCUGGAAUUUUACGUAUAUGUCUCUUAUGAACUGGAGUGCUUAAAUCUGUCCUUUUAUACUGUAAACAUUAGAAUUAUUGAAAUGCCAUUUGGAUUAUCCAGAAACAUCAGAUAGUGAUGAAACACAAAAUUUUUUCAUUAAUUAUCUUAGAAGAUUUGAUAUUUUC